AUGGCAUCAUCUUCCUCUUCAGAAGCAGCGUUGAAGCUCGAGAUAGCUAAACUCACAGGUGCGAUCAACCAACGGAAGACCAAUUCGUAUCAGCAACCCCGACCGACAACGACCUUCAAGACUCGUGGAAACGCCUAUGUCAACCCGAACUACAAGCCGCCUUCGACUUCCUAUGUCCGACCUGGAUACGCCCUUCCGCCACGCAACACCAGCAGGCCUCCCGUACGUUACCCCACAGCUGCAGGUACCACACAGCAGCCUCGCGACGUCACUCUCAAUGGCGUCGCCUUCGAAAGUUCUGGUCGAUCUCUCGUCCGAAAAGAGAUUGCGGUUACGAAGCCACCAUCUCAAGUUCGACCUCCUCAACCUGGCUACAAGAAGCGUCCUUUCAAGCCGAAGCCCUCGAGGCGACCUGGAAAUAUGACGCUUAAUAACAAUCGUCGGCCCUACCAGCCGCGGCAAAAGAAGUCGAUUAACAAGCCGUGCCCGCGGUUCAAUACGACUGGUUCAUGCAAUCGCGGGCUCACGUGCCCCUACAAACAUGACGCCGCUACGAUUGGUAUCUGCUGGCCAUUUUUACAGGGCACUUGUCCUAACUCUGCCGACAAUUGUGCUCUCUCUCAUGAUCCGACACCGGAACGUACACCGUUGUGUGUGCAUUUUGCGAACAACGGUCGCUGUACGAGGGCGCAGUGUCCGUUCCCUCAUGCCCAUUUGCCUCCCCGUUCGGGUGUCUGUCGGGAUUUCGCUGUUCUUGGCUAUUGUGCGAAAGGCUUCGAUUGCGAGCAUCAACACGUUCGGGAGUGCCCUGACUUUGCCGAGAGUGGAGAGUGCAAGAACAAGCAUUGCAAGCUCCCGCAUGUCAUCCGUGCUAACCGUGUUCGCAAGACCGCGGUCACUGCUUCUACUCCGGCAGCUCCAACACCGACAACUUCUUCGGCAACAUCUGUCUCCGGCUCUGAUACUCCUCAGUCUCCCGUGGCGGCUCUCAGCGCUGAGAACGCUCAGCUCGGUGACGAGUUUAUCUCUUUGACGUUUAACGAGAGCGAGAGUGAAGAGGACGAGGACGAUGAUGACGAUGCCGGUAGCAAUGAGGAAGAGAGCGCAGAAGAAGACGAAGCUGAAGAGGGCCAAGGCAGCCCCACUGAAGAACGAAUGUGA